AUGGACAACGAAGAAAAGCAGCCAUCAGCUGCCAAGCUGACUUUCGUUAUAUUGGCCCUAUGCUUGGCUGUGUUCUGCAUGGCGUUGGAUAACACAAUCAUCGCCACAGCUAUCCCUCACAUCACGGAACAAUUCCACGCCCUCGACGACGUAGGCUGGUAUGGAAGUGCAUACCUCCUCACGACCUGCUCUAUGCAGCUUGUCUUCGGAAAGCUGUACACAUUCUACCACGUCAAAUGGGUGUUUCUAUCCGCGCUGGCUAUAUUUGAACUAGGAUCCCUUAUUUGUGGCGUCACUCCAAACUCGCUGGGUCUUAUUCUUGGCCGUGCAAUUGCAGGAAUUGGAGGAGCGGGCUUAUUCUCUGGUGCAAUUCUGAUUAUCUCGCAUACCGUGCCACUUAAGAAAAGGCCUAUAUAUACUGGGUUGGUGGGGGGAAUGUAUGGAAUUGCUAGUGUCGCUGGGCCAUUGAUGGGCGGCGCAUUCACUGAUCAUGUCUCAUGGCGAUGGUGUUUCUAUAUUAAUCUCCCUUUUGGGGCUGUUACAUUCGUCUUUGUGAUGCUUUGCUACCAGUCACCUCCCAGAACCCAGCCCACCCAUACUUUUGCUGAGCAGAUUAAAGAGUUUGACAUUAUCGGAACGCUCUUCUUCAUCCCAUCAAUCGUCUGCCUGCUGUUAGCCCUACAGUGGGGAGGUUCCACAUACCUUUGGAGCAAUGGCAGAGUAAUUGCCUUGCUUGUGCUCUUCGCGGUCUUUAUGGUGGUUUUCAUAGGUGUGCAGGUUUGGCGACAAGAAAAUGCCACCCUGCCUCCCCGAGUCUUCUCUCAACGCGACGUAUGGGGAAGUUCGGCCUUCACAUUUGGUUUAGGUGCCUCUUUCUUUGUUUUGGUCUACUAUCUCCCGAUUUGGUUUCAAGCGACAAAAGGCGCCUCUGCAAUGGAAUCGGGUAUCAGGAAUCUCCCUCUUCUUCUAGCCCAGGUUAUCUUCUCAAUCGUUGCCGGAGUCUUAGUCACCACCAUUGGCUACUACGCUCCUUUCAUGAUCCUCUCUUCUGUUCUCAUGGCAAUCGGCGCUGGUCUUCUGUCUACAUUCCAGCCGGAGACAAGUUCCGGCAAAUGGAUUGGAUACCAGAUUAUCUUCGGGGCUGGAGUGGGUGUUGGAAUGCAACAAGCCUUGAUCGCUGUCCAAAAUUCUCUUCCCCCGAAAGAUAUACCCAUCGCGACAGCUACGGUUAUGUUCUCGCAGACCUUGGGCGGGGCGGUCUUUAUCUCCGUGGCACAGAAUAUCUUCACAAAUGAGCUCGCGAAACAUUUGGUUCAUAUUCCUGGGGUGGACCCCACCAGGGUAGUUGAUCUUGGGGCCACAGCCUUGCAGAAUUCAAUUUCCAGGGGUUUGCUACCGGCUGUAAUAGCAGCAUACAACAGUGGCUUGGUAAAUGCAUUCUACGUGUCAGUGGCAAUGGGGGCUCUUUCUGUGGUAGGAGCUUGUUCAGUUCAGUGGAAGUCAGUCAAAAAAUGA